GGGAUGUGGAGACGUUGAUUCUACAAGGUAUAGGAAGGAACUUUCUGGGAAAUUUCUCCAUUAAGCACUAGUUUAAAUACAAUGAAGAUCUGCUUCAAGCAGUAACUCUAAUUCUGCAGUUGCUUCUAAAUCUCUUUGGAAGGCCAAUUUUAGGAGGUUCUCCUCCAAAAAUUAUAUCUUAAUAGCAUCCAACGGCGCAAAACAGUCCUUGAUGUCUGGACCAGUGAAUCCUACUCCACAAAAAGAUAAUGCAUAUGUUCCUAUUAGAAGAUUUCGCGUUCUAGAGUUAGUUCCUCCAGCUUUUGGUGGCAAGGGUUCACUUAUUCCAAGUCCUGGAUCCUUGUUUAAGAGUCUCCACCCAGGUCUUAAGGAAAUGGCUGUUUGCUUAGCUGUUUAUUUAGGCCUUGGCACGAUAAUAUUUUCCUUUUUCCUUGAUGAUCUUAAAGGGAAGAAAACAAAUCCGAUGAUCGAUGCUAUGUAUUUCUCUGUUGUGACUAUGACCACUGUCGGAGGAUACGGGGACCUCGAGCCUAAUACUACCUUUAUUAAGGUAGUUGUCUGCAUUUUUGUUUUAAUAGGAAUGGCUCUAAUGGGAUUGAUAUCGAGCAAAAUAGGAGAUUACUUUGUAGAGAAGCUGGAAAUUAUGCUUGUUAAUGCCCAAAAUAACAAGCAGGAAAAAGGUUCUUCAUCUAAAACUAUGAUGAGGUUAGGAAUUAGCGAAGAGAUGUUCAAUUGCCUUAUAGCCAUGGGCAUUCUUUCAGCGCUUAUGAUGGUUGGAACCAUGUUCUUAUUUGCAAUUGAAGAUUUAAACAUGAUCGAUGCCCUUUUUUGUGUCUGUUCAACUGUCUCGACCUUGGGUUAUGGAGAUAAGAGCUUCUCUACCAAAGGUGGUCGCCUUUUUGGUGUAGUUUGGAUACUGAGCACUACUUUCGGUUUAGGCCAGUUUUUUCUCUAUGUUGCUGAGACAUUCGUCGAAGGCAGACAAAAAGCUUUAGUUAACCGGAUUCUUAAUUGGAGGAUGGCGAAUCAAGAUGUUGAAGCUGUUCAUGUUGAUGUUGAUGAAGUUGCUGGGGCUGCUGAGUUCAUUAUCUCUAAGCUCAAAGAGAGAGGGAAGAUUAACCAAGAAGAUAUUUCACGUGCAGUGAAGGAGUUUGAGGACCUUGAUGUUGCUAAAUCUGGAUUCUUGUCAGUAUCUGAUUUAAUGCCUGCUAAAACAACUCAAACAAAGAGGUGAAUUGGUUUAUCAGCAAGAGGUUCUUGGCUUUGUAGAAUUAUAUAAAUUUCAUGUCAAGGGUUAUCUUAUUUUGGUAGUUUGCUUUUCAGUCCUCGAUGUCCCUCCAAUGUUGGAGAUCUUCUAGAGGCAAGCCUGUCGAAUUUAGUCAUUUGUAAUGGGAAUAAUGUUUUUUUUUUUUUUUUCCUAUUUUUAAGAUAUUUCAUAAUUUGUGUUUAUUAAUA